GUGAUAAAUUAUUUCUCAAGUGAAUUAAAUUAUUAACCAUGGGACGUGAUUCUAGAAAGGUUUCAAGAGAACUUCGGAGUUCUGAAAAAAUUAAUAAGUCGCGUUCAGUAUAAAGAAAGAAUGUUUUUAAUCCGAAAACAGCCGAACGUGAUGAAAGUAUUCAGAGUACAUCUUCUAAAAAAUUAAAACAAAACACUGAAGAUGAUGUACCUGAAGACAGCAGUACUGAAUUUCGAAUAAUAAAUUUUAUUCAGGUAUUCACUGCAAUUUCUGCUCUUAUAAAAUGUAAAAAAUGUGAUGGAAAUGUAGUGUUUCAAACAGCAAGUACACGUGGGCUGGGAUUCAAAAUUGUAGUUGCAUGUAAUAACUGUGGAAAUGAAUAUAUUCCUUCCUGUUCUUUCGUUGGGCAUUCUUAUGAAAUAAACAGACGUUUCAUUUUUGUAAUGAGAAUACUAGGAAUAGGAUACGAAGGAUUGUGCAAGUUUUGCGGCCUGAUGGACAUGCCGUCUUUUUUAGAUAAAUCUACGCAUACAAUUUUACUGAAACAGAUUUUGAAUUGUAGUAAAGCCGUCGCAGAAACCUUCAUGACGAAAGCUGUGAAUGAAGAAAAGCAAGCAAUGCCAACAACUGAAAAUGAAGAUAUAAAUCAUCUAACUGUAUCGGGAGAUGGAACCUGGCAAAAACGGGGAUAUACAUCGUCAUUUGGAGUUUCUUCUAUAAUUGGCUAUUUUACUGGAAAGAUUCUUGACAUAAACAUUAAAAGUGCAUAUUGUAAGCUAUGUGAGUAUUGGAAAAAAAAAACAAAUACUGUUGAGUUCGAGGAAUGGUAUCAAUCGCAUGAAGAUGUGUGUUCUGCUAAUCAUCAAGGGUCUUCUGGGAAAAUGGAGGUGGAUGCGAUGGUCGAAAUGUUUUCGUAUUCUGAAACUAAAUAUGGAGUUAAGUAUGCCAACUAUAUUGGUGAUGGUGACUCCAAGACCUAUUCAGGAAUUAUAAAAUCAGAUCCUUACGAAAAUACAACUGUAAAUAAAAAGGAAUGUAUAGGGCAUGUCCAAAAGCGGAUGGGGAGUCGAUUACGUACGCUGAAGAGUAAACAAAAAGGUCUUGGUGGUCGAGGUAAGCUCACAGGAAAAUUAAUAGACAAACUAACUGUGUACUAUGGUUUAGCAAUACGCCGGCAUUGUGAUUCUAUUGAAAAUAUGAAAUCUGCUAUAAUGGCAACCUUUUAUCACUACGGCUCGAGUGAUGAAAAACCGAAUCAUGAUAUGUGUCCAAAAGGCGAAGAAUCUUGGUGCUCUUACCAGCGCGCUGAAGCAAGAGGAGAGCUUGAUACCUUUUCUCACGAUUAUUCUCCUUUACCUUCUGAUGUUUUAAAAGCUAUCAAGCCUAUAUACGAAGAUCUUAGUAAUGAAAAUUUACUUUCAAGAUGUGUAGGUGGAUUCAAUCAGAAUAAUAAUGAAAGCUUUAACCAACUAGUAUGGAAAAUAUGUCCAAAAACGGUAAAUACUAGUUUUACUAUCGUACAAAUAGCUGCAUACGUUGCUAUGUGUAUAUUUAAUGAGGGUAUAAAUUCAUUAUUAGUCUUGAUGAAUACACUAGGACUUAAUUGUGGGCCUAAUUCUCAUCGGUAUGCAGAAAGAAUGGAUGCUGCACGUAUCAAAGUAGCAGAUAAGCGCGCUAAUGAUAACACCCGAGAAGGUCGAUUGCAACGUAGGCACCAGCAAAUCGAUAUUUUGGAAGCUGCUAUGUCGGCUGAAGAGCUAUUAUAUGGUCCAGGAAUAGAUGACUCAGUAUGAAUCUCCAAGGACUUAUGAUGAUCACCGCAAAGGACUUCGGGAGGAACGGGCUCUACAAAAACAGCGAUAACUUUUUGAAUUAUUAAUUUUUUUUUUUGAAAUUUUCGUGAAGUCAAAUCGAAACGUGUUCUAAUAAAGCUAUGUUUUUAUUUUUGUCAAAUAAAGUAAUUAACUACAAAAAAAAAAUUAUUGAAAAUCAUCAUUUUUUCAUACCCCUGAG